GGCACAGCCCUCAACCAACCAACCUCAGCGACCUCAGCGACCUCACCCUCACCCUCACCCUCACCCUCACCGACCUCGACCUCGACCUCGACCUCACCCGCGGCAGCCUGGCCGGCCUGGCCAGCCGUGUCAGGCUCGCCAGCCUCAACCUCAACCUCACUCUCAACCUCACUCUCAACCUCACUCUCAACCUCACUCCCACCCGCACUCUCACCCUCAUCCUCACCCUCACCCUCACCGACCUCACCGACCUCACCACCCUCACCAUCGAGGGAGCUCUGCUCCCCCUGACGGAGACGUCCCGAUGGGGGAUGCACCUCCCUCGGACGAAGACAUCGAGAUGCCGGACGCACCGGCCGAAGAACCGCAACAACAACAGCAACAGCAAGGAAGGGGCUGGGGAUUGCCCAGCGAGAUGGAAGUGGACAUCGACUAGCCCCGGCGAAGGUUUUUACCUACACAAAUGUGAUAGGAGUUUUCCUUGGCUGUGACCCAAAUGGGGGGGCUAGGGGGAAUCAGGACCUUGUUUUGAUGUUUGUUUUGAGAUACCUUUGUUCUUAGUUAGUUAAUGUCUCUGCGGAGACCGUC